AUGUCAAGAAAAGAAAGGAAAUUUGGUGAUUUUUACUCUUGCAAUGCGGAGCCAGCCAUCUGCCAUUUGUCAACCCUGUAUGGAGUCUAUCAGAAGUUAUCUUCCCUAGGUGAGAUCAAAAUAAAAUUAUCCAUGGGUUUCUGGGCUGUGUUUUGUCUUUCUCCUGAUUUGGGAGGAGACUGCAAGCUGGCUACACUCAUUUCCACCUGGGACAGGUGCCCACGGAUCUGUGUCCUCAUACCCCUUCUGCCCCCAACCCCUAGGUACCCAGUGCCCUCCUCUGUCACAGGGGAUUCAUGA